AUGCCGGACCAAUGCCAGGUGGCCUGGUGCCCGGCGCCACCCAUGUCCUUUUGCCCCACCCUCAAGCUGCCUGUGUACUCUGGCCAUAAAGCCUUCUCAACAGGAGACAUUGCAAAGUUCAAGCAGUAUGCCCGUGACUGUGUGCGUCUCCAGGGUCUUCUCAAUCUUGACGGAUACGACUGUAUCAGCAAUAACCUCUCCGCUAUACCAGAUGCUGUCGAGGAUGCCGCUCGUGAAAGCUAUGAUCCUCCCGACGCUGUCUACGACAUACAUGACCCUGAAAAUCCUCAGCCAGACCCAUCCAUUCCAGUUCUCUCCACGACAAGACGCAUACACCCUGCCUCCUCCGCUUCCUCUGGUUCGUCAUUUGACUCCACGGCAACAUUGGCAGAGACAGCGCCAUCAGAACCAAAGUUGACCGGUGUUGGUGGCCAGCUAUGA